CUCGCGGAGUCGAGUGAGGCUGCGGGGCCGAGCGGGAUGUGGGGAGGACGCUGAUUGCCGGCAGACUGGGGAGGGGGGAAGUGACCGCUUCUUCCACUGUCCGCCACGGAUACUUGGAGCGGCGGGAGGAGGAAGGGCUGGGCGCGGAUUAGCCCGGCGGAGGCCAGGCGUUGUUAUCUGUGAUAAUUAAUCGGGGGAGGCCCGGCUCUCGUACCCUUGGUGUGAGGUUGCUCUGGCCCCGGGCGGAUGCCGAGGUGCGGGACAGCCUCCGCCGCUUCCUUCGCGGUUUGAAGUUGUGUUGCUGUCCUUCCGCUCACUCGCUCGAUCUCCCUCUGGCCGCGUCCCGUUCCCCUGUCAGCCAUCUACUAUGGCCGUCUCUCGCUCCACCAGCUGUUGUUCCUCGUUCUCCAGCGGCCAGACAAACCCAUUGUACUACUGGACUCGGAUAUUGGCUUUCAUUGUUCUCGUCUUAAUCGGAAGCACUGUUCUGGGACAAAAGUAUGGAUUGGCAAAUACGCAAGUUUCCGAUAUCUCCACUGCUUGUGGUGAUGUACCAGAACAGCUCAGGGCACCAAAUGGAAUAAUUACAAGUCCAGGUUGGCCUUUUAACUAUCCAACUGGAACUAACUGCAGUUGGUAUAUCCAAGGCAAUCGAGAGGAAAUCAUCACCAUCAGUUUUCAGGAAUUUGAUAUACAGACCUCAGCUUGGUGUAGUUCAGACUGGCUAACUAUAGGAACACGUAAAAGCAUCGAAGGAAUUCGGGUGUGUGGUUCCUCUAUUCCAGCACCAUUUAUUUCUUCAAAAGGCCAUGUCUGGAUUGAGUUUCAUUCAGAUGACCGAUACACUGGAAAAGGCUUCAGGCUCUCUUAUGUAAUAGGAAGGUCUGUGGAGGCAAGCUGUAACUGGGACCAGUUCCACUGCAGUAAUGGAAAAUGUAUCCCAGAUACUUGGAAAUGCAACUCCAUGGAUGAGUGUGGAGAUAAUUCUGAUGAAGAAUUUUGUGAGCGGUCAAUGCCUCCUACUGAUUUCCCAUUUCAGCCUUGCACUUAUGAUCAGUUCCAGUGUCUUUCCCGAUAUACAGCAUCUUAUACAUGUUUACCUGAGUCCCUGCGAUGCGAUGGAAAUAUUGACUGCCUUGAUUUGGAAGAUGAAAUAGAUUGUGAUGCCCCUAGUUGUGGUGAAUGGCUAAGAAACUUUUAUGGCACAUUUAAUUCUCCAAAUUAUCCUGCCUUUUAUCCUCCUGGAAGCAACUGUACAUGGCUAAUAGAUACAGGAGACCGACGUAAAGUUAUUUUGCGCAUUAAUGAUUUGAAGCUGGAUGGCAUAGGCUAUGGGGAUUAUAUAAAAGUGUACGAUGGUCUGGAGGAAAAUUCACACAAAUUGCUUCGUGUUCUAACGCCCUUUGAUUCCCGGACACCAAUAACGGUUAUCUCCUCUUCGGGUCAAGUUCGGAUACAUUUCCAUGCUGACAAAGUGAAUGCAGCUAGAGGUUUUAAUGCCACCUACCAAGUUGAGGGAUUUUGCCUUCCAUGGGAAAUCCCCUGCGGAGGUAAUUGGGGUUGCUAUUUUGAACAGCAGCGCUGUGAUGGUUAUUGGCACUGCCCAAAUGGACGAGACGAACACAACUGCAGCUCAUGCCAGAAGGACGAAUUCCCCUGUUCCCGCAGUGGUGUGUGCUACCCUCUAGCUGACCGUUGUAAUUACCAGAAUCAUUGCCCAAAUGGCUCUGAUGAGAAGAACUGUUUCUUUUGCCAACCUGGUAAUUUUCACUGCAAGAAUAACCGUUGUGUUUUUGAGAGUUGGGUGUGCGACGCACAGGACGACUGUGGUGAUGGCAGUGAUGAAGAAAACUGUCCUGUGAUUAUCCCCACCAGAGUUAUAACUGCAGCAGUCAUUGGAAGUUUAAUCUGUGGGUUGCUGCUUGUGAUUGCUCUAGGAUGUACCUGCAAACUUUACUCUCUCAGAAUGUUUGAACGCAGGUCUUUUGAAACCCAUUUAUCAAGAGUUGAAGCAGAACUGCUACGAAGGGAGGCUCCACCCUCCUAUGGUCAGUUGAUUGCACAAGGCUUGAUUCCUCCAGUGGAAGAUUUCCCAGUGUGUUCAUCAAGUCAGGCAUCCAUUUUGGAAAACCUCCGAUUAGCAGUAAGGUCACAACUUGGACUAACCUCCAUUCGAUCUUCUACCUCUAGUAGUCGAUCUAACUUAUGGAAUCGCAUCUUCAGUUUUACAAGAUCCAGGAAUUCGGGGUCUCUAGCACUUGUGUCAACAGAUAGAGAUGAUCCUACCGGUGAGCAAAAUGUUACAAGGGAAUCAGAAAGUCUACACCGUAGACUUAUGACAUUUGAAUCUGAUGAUGCAGAUCGAGACAGUGAGCGGAGAGAUAUACCUGGUGCUGUUGGUGGGCUUGUCGUCCCUCUACCUCAAAAGGUUGCACCCACCACAGCAGUAGAAGUUGUUGUAGGAGCAAGUGGAAUUUCAUCUGGUUACCAUAUAAAUACGGCUGCAGAAGUACCUACCUCACAAUUGGAAACCUCAGAGCAGCCCAGCAUUAGUCCAGCGAGACAGCAGUUGACCAGUGCACUGAGCAGAGUGACUCAGAGUUUGCGAUGGAUGAGGUUUUCCAUUGGGAGAUCAAGUUCAUCUCGUCAGAACCAGAGUCCCUUGCGACAACUUGAUACUAGAGUCAAUGGAAGAGAAGAUGACGACGACGAUGAUGAUGUUGAAUUAUUAAUUCCAAUUUCUGAUGCAGCAUCAGACAUUGACAUGAGGGGCUGUUGCAGACCUGUUGGUGAGCCAAGCCCUGGAAGGGUGCAAGGAAUCAGGCAGCACUCUGCUUUAAUACCUGAUAGAGAACAGUCUAGCAGUAGAGACGGGCCUUGUGAGCACUGUGGGAUUGUACAUACGGCCCAGGUACCCGAUGCGUGUCUGGAAGCAACGCUGAAGAAUGAAGUCAGUGAUGAUGAAUCUUUGCUUGUCUGCUAGCUGUGCAAUACAAUGAGUACUAAUUUUAUUUAUGCUCCUGACGGUACUGUGCAUCUUGUGACUUUUAAGUUUUUUUGGUACUUGAAACCAAAUUUGUGUGACUGUCAGAUACAAUAUUUAUUACAGUUUAUUUUGGUUUAUGGGAGACAAUGCAUGUUUCAUUCAAUUUUUUGACUUUUUUUCUUAUACAUUUAGGAUAUGUGUUAAAUUUAUUUUAAUGUGUAGAAUGAAACUAAAUUAUAACUCAUUUCUGUAUUAACAUUUUUCCUAGCUAUUUCUAAAAAUAUUGCCUAUUUAUUUAUUGCUUUUUCACAAAUUGCAUGUUUUAUGAUUUCUAACAAAUAUGCUGAAAAUUGAAUCUGGAACAUGAAAAGUAAUGUAACAAAUAAAAAUCCACUUUUACAGA